AUGCGUGUUGUGCGAAUUAAACACAAAGCUGGGUUAGCUCUAUUUGCUGUGGUAUUUUUAAUACUUUUAUAUGUGCUGAUAUCGAAACAUUCGAGGCCAGAAAUCGAAAUAGAUACAGACAGUCUUUAUAAUAAUGCACCGACAAGGACGAUUGAUUUUAUAAACAUUGCAAAAAAUGUGCCUGUGGAAACGCCCAAUAAAGACGGAAGAACAAAAGAUAGCUUGCAGAACACACCUCUCGUACGAGGUAAGCUUAAAAGUAAUUUUCGUAAACAGCCUCGGCCGCCCAAACGCAGAAUUUCUGAUGGCGUAGUGGAUAAAGCAGUGGUAAAAAAUGUUGUCCACGGCGAUCCAUUGUUGGGUUUUUCCAGGGAAGAUAGGCAUCGUCAAAGGGAAAAGGCUAGAGCACUUGUAGCAAAACAUAAAGAUAAAAAAGGUAUAUUUAAUCGAGCAAGCCUCAAAUUUUAGCAUUUCUUAAUUCUUCUUAAUGCACAUUUUCAUUGUUUUGAACAGGUUAUUAUUUUCAAGAAUCGACAUGCGCAAGUUAAUGCAACGUCAUUAUUUAAUGUCAGGAGGUUAUUAUUUUUAAUAAUGACCUCCAAUAUUUAAAAUAAUGACCCCGAUUUUUCGCUUGAAUAAAAAAUAAACCAAGAGAAUUUUAUCAACCAAACGCAUUUCCCUUCCAUCUUGAGAGAUCUCCUGGCGCCAUUGUGACCAAGCGUCGAACAUUCUGUAUGCCCACAUCGCUUUCCUCUUAGUAUUUUCUGGGAUGCUUCGCGAAGCCAACUCUAUCAUACUUUUACUGCUGCAAAUCUCAAACCGGUCAGACGUAUUCUGUUGCUCUAUUGCAAAAUAUAAAUAAAUUCAAAUAUUAAUUGCUAUGAUUAAUACUUGUUACUAACUUUUAAAUAAAACUUAGCUAAGACAAUUUUCACCUUUUCUAUCCAACGUGCUUUUCCCAGGUGCAUUACAUCGCCGCUUACUGACACUGUCUAUCUGAUUUGGCCUUUCCAGUGAAAUUCUCCGCUCUGCAAACAAAUCCAAUGACUGGGAAAGUAUUCCAUCCAGCCCAUCGUCUUCCAAAUCUAGACAGUCGCAAUCCCAAUCAUUGGUCUUUUCAACUUCAAAUUCAUCGUCAUAUCCUUCUCCAAACAAACUAAAAUCUCGCUUUCUCGAACCAGACAUCCUCCUCCACAAAUAUCAAUCAAGUAAUAAAAAGGUAGCUGUUGAAAAAACACAGCCCAGGAAUGCGCAUACAAAACACAAAUAUGGUGUGAAAAAUAAUAGUACCACAACAAUGCAUGAACUUGUAACUAUCUUAAUAGUUUUCUUUGUUCAUAAACACCAUAAUGUGCAUUAAGUCGGAUAAUACUCUCGCUCUCGGUAUUAUUAAAAAUAAUGACCUCGCGCUACGCGCUCGGUCAUUAUUUUUAAUAAUACCUCGAGCUUGGGCAUUAUCCUAUACAUAACUUCAUUAGUAAUCUUGGGCGAUGAUGCAUGAAUAGUCGGCAUUAGUUCAUUACAACAUUUAACUAAUGAAUCAUUAGUGAAGGGCAUUAUUAAAGGCAGGAGGGGAUAGCAGAAAGGCAAGUGAGGUCUGAUAAGGGGUUUAUCAGCUGAUAAUGGGGCUAGGGAAACUAGAGAGAUUUCAUUCGAAAUCUUCUGUUGACAAAUACAACUUGUGGACUUCUUCCUGCAUGCAUGGCUUCUUCUGUGGGUCAAAAACGAUUCCUUAGUCUUUCGGCAGCUGUUGUUGCAUCAUAACAACGGCGUCAGCGAGUCAAUAUGGUCACAGAAUAGAUACAGGACCAGAAGUGUCAUUCAGACGAUAUUUUGUCCGAAAUUUUACGAGUGCUGACGUGAAAAUACGCCAUCAUAAGACGCCAUCCUGGAGUGCACACAGAAGUUUUUCAUAGGAAAACAUAGGUACAAAGUGCCGGGUGCACUCCAGGAUGGCGUCAUACUGUAGCACGCAAAAAAAUUUCGGACGUUUUCCUUCAGCCAAAACACAUAGGAGUGACACUUCUGGUCCGGUAUCUAUUCUGUGAUGUGGUUCUCGUCGUCAUAGUAAUAUGGCACAAACGCAUCCAAAUUUUUUUCAUAUUGACUCUUUGACGUCAUUUUGCUAAUAUGAAUGUGAAAAAUCCGUAUUUGGUUAGCCAUUGAGUUGAUAUGACAAUUUCACAGUUGGCUGUUAGUUAGUCAGAAACCAGGAAUUUUUUAAAUAAAUAAUAAAUAUAGCUAUUGGGUCGUUCCAGAAAAGAUCCACCUUACCCCCAAGGAAAAAAUUCCUGCCGUCCAAAGGGGCAGGGGAGAAAAAUUUGUUUCUGAUAAUUGUAAGUGUAUUAGGAUAUCCGAAGGGGGGGGGGGGGUUAACUUCCAAUCUUCUCUAUGGGAGAGGUAUGAAUGUUUUCUGGAAUGGCCCAUUGUCAAAAUCUAUUUUCAUCCUCCUACAUUAGCUUCUUAUCCAUGGGUGACAAUUAUAUCCCUGUGCACAUAUUAUUGUAAAUUAUGUUUCAUUUCAUAGCCCAUCAAAAUAUAGCUUCUCAAUAUUUAGAUCAUUUUAUUGUGUAAUGAUUGAAUACAGCUACCAUAGUGAUUUGCAGGUGUUUAAUUAUCUAUUUUUUCUGACAACCUAGUAGUAAAAACACCCAAGCUACCAGAACAAGAAGUAUCAUCCUACACAAUUGCUAUUGUUGUGAUUUCAUGUAACAGACCAGAUGCAAUCACAAGAUCUCUCAAUGGUUUACUAAAGUACCGACCAUCUGCUAAACAAUUUCCAAUUGUUGUCAGCCAAGACUGUGGCCACGAAGAAACUGCCAAAGAAAUAUCGGUAUUCAGCAGUGAGGUUCGUCAUAUCAAACAGCCGGAUCUGUCAGAGCCUAGUGAUGUUCCAGCCAAUAUGAGACAUUUCAUGGGCUAUUAUAAGAUCUCACGACAUUUCAAAUGGGCCUUGGGUCAGAUGUUUGAUCAAAUGGGUUAUGAUACUGUUCUUAUUGUUGAGGAUGAUCUUGACAUAGGUAUGAUGUGUUUACAGAAUAAACGGGUUGUCCAUUUAGUAUGUAACUAUGUUUGAAAUGUUUAAAUUAGUGUUUAUACUCUCAGUUGACCAAUAGCAAAACAUAAGCUUUGCUAAUUUUUUUCGUAUACAUAUUUCUCAAACAAUCAUAGCUUUUGAUCAAAGUAUAAAUAAUUUUUUAAACUUUGUAGCUCCAGAUUUUUACGACUAUUUCCUGGGAACACGACACUUACUGGACCAAGAUCCAACAAUAUGGUGCGUUUCCGCAUGGAACGACAAUGGCAAGGCAGGCUUGAUAGAACCGCACGAAAAUGGCAAGUUGUACCGCUCUGACUUCUUUCCGGGACUCGGCUGGAUGAUGACAAAAAAGUUAUGGCGAGAACUUGGACCUAAAUGGCCUGCUGGAUUCUGGGACGAUUGGAUGAGAGAACCGGCACAACGGAAAGACAGAGCAUGCAUAAGACCCGAAAUUUCUAGAACGAAAACAUUUGGUCGAAUUGGUGUUAGUCAAGGACAGUUCUUUGAUCAACAUCUAAAGUUCAUUGUACUAAACGACAAAAAAUUUGAUUUCUUACACACAGAUUUAUCGUAUCUCAUCAAGGAGAAUUAUGACAAAGAAUUUCUUGGUAAAAUCGAAACUCUGCCUGUUUUUAGCGUCGAUGAUAUCAUAGCUCGAAAAAAUGGCAACCACAAAGCGGUGAGGGUUAAUUAUUGGACAGAGUCCACGUUCAAUAGGGUUGCAUCGAGACUUGGUGUGAUGUUGGAUUUCAAAGCUGGUGUGCCAAGAGCUGGCUAUCGUGGCAUUGUCACAGUGAUGUAUAGAGGGAUAAGAAUUUAUUUAACACAGAAAAAAUAACUAUUCAACUUGUGUUUAUGGAAGGUAGAUGAUUUUCCUUCAUGUACCGAGGCGAUUAUUUUUAAUAAUCACCUUGAAUAUUAAUUAGCUGAAAAGAUGAAGGAAAACUCAGAAAAUUGUCAUUCAAACCAGACAAAACAUUGUUGGAAAACCUCCUCAAUCAAGAAUUCAAUGUGAUAGACACCUCGAAAGUCGGGAUUUAUGUCAGAUAAUGCCCUCAGACGCUGUGCGUCUCUGGUCAUUAUCUGACAUAAAUCCCUCCUUCCUGGUGUUUAUCCUAUACAUAAUCUUUGACAUAUGUAGUUACUAAGGAAAUGUGGUCAUUUUAAAAAUUUUUGUUAGUCACUAAACCGUAGACAGAUUUUCUGGGGGGUACACCCCCUCAGGAAGUUUACCCUCCCCACCUAGAGAAAUUUGACAGUGGUGUGAUUGAAAUAAGGACUUUGAACUAAAUAAGACUAAAAACAAAGAUUUUGAAUUGAAAUAAGACCAAAAAUCUCAAUUUCCUGGGGAAUUUUCCCCCUUACCUUACCCCCCUCCAUCCAGACUUAUCCAGGAACAGUGGUCCAGAGUGUAACUUUUGAAAAUACAACAACAAUUUAAUGUUUCUCAACAUGAUUUAUGGUACCCAUGUAAAUAUUCAACCAGUUUGAAAAUGCAACAAACUGCUUGCAUACACAUGUGUUGCCACUGAUCACAGCCUAUGUAAAGGAUGAACAGUAAAAUAUUUCUCAUGAAGUAUAGAAUGUACAGUAGACAUAGUUUUAAUAUAAAAUUCCAUAUGCAAACUCUAUAAUAACGAACUCGAGUGACAAUGCAUAAAUAAGUAAGUUCACAUGCUGUAUCUUGAAGUUCAUAUUUCUGUUGGACUUUGCCAUUCAUAUUAUUUAAAAGACAUUGUUCUCUACAAGCAUCAAUAUUUUUCCUCAUCCACGGUUGUAUUUCCCCCAAAUGUGAAGCAUGAAAACAGAGGCGAUAAACAGAAGGCUCAGGACAAGGACAGGUACUGGACCGCU